GCGAUCCAAGUUGAAUCCCCUCAAGUUGCAACUCGAGGUUUUAUUCACACGAGCCAAACUUCGACCGCCCUUGCUUGCGCAUCAGCGAGCAUUGGGCUCAUUCUCGGAUUCUCCGUCCAAGCCGCAAGGUCCCCAGCCACUCUUCAUAUCCACAAUGGCCUUCCGUCAGGUGUUCAAGACGCAGGCGCGUCACAUGAGCUCGAGCUCGCGCAAGUUCUUCGUGGGCGGCAACUGGAAGUGCAACGGCUCCCUGGGGCAGGCGCAGGAGCUCGUGGGAAUGCUCAACACGGCCAAGAUCCCGGCCGACGUGGAGGUGGUCGUGGCGCCGUCGCAGGUGCACGCUGCCACCGUCAAGGCCUCGCUGCGCGCCGACGUGCGUGUCAGUGGCCAGGACGUCUGGAAGCAGGGCAACGGCGCCUUCACGGGCGAGACCUCGGCCGAGAUGCUCAAGGACCUGGGUGCUGAGUACACACUCGUGGGCCACAGUGAGCGCCGCGAAAAGGGCGAGACCAACGAGAUCGUGGCCAAGAAGGCUGCUUACGCUCUUGAGAAGGGGCUUGGCGUCAUUGCCUGCAUCGGUGAGACCAAGGAGCACCGUGAAGCCAACCAGACGGUGACCUACAUCACGGAGCAGCUCGACGCUUACGCCGCCGAGAUCAAGGACUGGACCAACGUCGUUAUUGCUUACGAGCCCAUCUGGGCCAUCGGCACAGGUCUCACGGCCUCCCCUGAGCAGGCUCAGGAGGUACACGCCAGCAUCCGUGCUUGGCUUAAGGAGAAGGUGUCGCCCGAUGCCGCUGACAAGACCCGCGUCAUCUACGGUGGCUCGGUUGGCGCUAAGAACGCCCCGGAGCUCUCGCAGAAGGAGGACAUUGACGGCUUCCUGGUCGGCGGUGCUUCGCUCAAGCCUGACUUCCUCCACAUCAUCAACGCCCAGAACCCAACGACCAACGUCGGUGGUGCUGUGAACGUUGCUAUCAACGGCUUCGGCCGUAUCGGUCGUCUGGUGCUGCGUGCUGCUGCCAAGAACCCGCUCAUCAACAUCGUUGCUAUCAAUGACCCGUUCAUUUCGACUACGUACAUGGAAUACAUGCUCGAGUACGACACGGUGCACGGCAAGUUCGAUGGCUCGCUCUCGCACGACGAGAAGCACAUCUUCGUGAACGGCAAGCCUAUUCGUGUGUUCAACGAGAUGAACCCUGCCAACAUCAAGUGGGGAGAGGAGCAGGUGCAGUACGUGGUGGAAUCCACGGGUGCCUUUACGACCCUCGAGAAGGCAUCGGCUCACAUGAAGAACGGUGUGGAGAAGGUGGUGAUCUCGGCUCCGUCCAGCGACGCCCCCAUGUUCGUGAUGGGCGUGAACCACGAGCUGUACGAGAAGAACAUGCACGUGGUGUCGAACGCUUCGUGCACGACGAACUGUUUGGCUCCUUUGGCCAAGGUGGUGAACGACAAGUUCGGCAUCAAGGAAGGUCUGAUGACGACUGUGCACGCUGUGACUGCCACGCAGAAGACGGUUGACGGUCCGUCCAAGAAGGACUGGCGUGGUGGCCGUGGCGCUUGCUUCAACAUCAUCCCGAGCUCCACUGGUGCCGCCAAGGCUGUGGGCAAGGUGAUUCCGAGUCUGAACGGCAAGCUGACGGGCAUGUCGUUCCGUGUGCCGACUGCUGAUGUGUCUGUGGUGGAUCUGACUGCUCGUCUGGUGAACCCCGCCUCAUACGACGAGAUCAAGGCUGCUAUUAAGUCGGCGAGUGAGAACGAGAUGAAGGGAAUUCUCGGCUACACUGAGGAGGCAGUCGUCUCGAGUGACUUCAUCGGCGACUCGCACUCGUCGAUCUUCGAUGCUGAGGCUGGCAUUGCUCUGACCGACGACUUCGUGAAGCUUGUGUCGUGGUAUGACAACGAGUGGGGUUACAGCUCGCGUGUGCUGGACCUGAUCGAGCACAUGGUCAAGAACGAGUAA